CGUCGAGAGCGUGCUUGGCGCUUGAGCGCUUGAGCUUUUACAACCGUAACUCGGAGUUGGCUGUAGGGGCGUUCGUGCCGAAAUUACCCCAUCUCGGGCUCAUAAGAACUCGCAAUAUUCAUCGAUCAUCAGCCACAACAACGCCCUGGCGCUCCGCCCAAAGGCUUGCUUUCCAUCAUCCACCACCCCCAGAAUGGAAUACAACCACGGUGUCUCAUACAAGCCAGAAAAUCUAGAGAAGACUGUUUUCACUCUUGACAAAGCACUUCAAGAUGGGCACAAAUACGUCCGCAUCUACUGGGUUGACUUCGUCAACGUCCGCCGAUGUCGUGUACUUCCUAUCAAUUACUUCAAAGAACUCGUCCAGGCUAAACGACCAGGUGUCAACUUCGCCAAAGUCGCUCUCGGCCUCAUUUACCUCAUUACCCCACCGUGUUUUACGUCCAUCGGAGAGUUUUAUUACGCGCUAGAUUUGUCCACAUUACGCCCUUUGUCUUUUGCUCCAGGUCACUUAGGCCUCCUUGGCUACGUGGAAGAGAAGACACCGUACAACGGACCAGACGGUAAUCCGACUGUCCAAGUACCCCUAUGUGCGCGUUCGCUACUGAAACGCGUGGUCGAAGACACGAAGAAGAACUUCAAGACUGAAUUUCUUGUCGGUAUUGAAACCGAGUUCAUCCUUCUUUCCUCUACGCGACCAGUUACCGCUUCCAACAUGCACCAAUGGUCAGCUUCAGCUGGUUUCCUAACCGGAUCCAAAGAGGCCGCUCUUCUGGAGGAAAUCGGUAACGCUAUGGAAGCCUCGAAUCUUUCCCUACAAAUGCUUCACUCUGAAGCCGCACCAGGACAGUACGAAGUCGUAUCUGGACCUCUCGAUCCCCUCGAAGCAGCAGACCAGGUCGUCUUCGUCCGUGAGCUCGUCGUCAAUCUAGCUGCUAAACAUGGACUCCAUGCGACCUUCGCUCCUAGACCAUUCAUGUACACCGCUGGAUCAUCGGCUCAUGUACAUAUCUCUGUUCAUCAGAAGGAGGGACCCGAAAAACCUGUAAAAGAGAUGUCAGAAGCCGAAUCGACCUUUUUAGCAGGUGUCUUGGAACAUCUACCUGCGAUUGCGGCGAUCACACUUCCUACGCCAGCUUCAUAUAAACGCGUAAUGGACGGAGUUUGGAGUGGAGGGACUUAUGUUCAUUAUGGGACUGAGAACCGUGAAGCCCCUGUUCGAUUGACGAAUGCGACUUCGCCAGAGUCGAGGAACUUUGAGAUGCGGUUUGUGGAUGGGACGGCGAACCCGUAUUUGGCGUUGACUGCAAUCAUUGGGGCGGGUUUAACGGGGCUUAGGGGGCAGAAAAAGUUGGAAGUAAAGGAUUGCCGGGGACCGAAAUGUGCGUGGCAAAUGGAUGACAGUGAGAGGAAGACUUUAGGGAUUACGAAGAGGAUGCCUUUGACUAUCGAGGAGGCAAGGGUGAAUUUAGAGAAAGAUGUGGUUAUGAGAGAGGUAUUGGGAAAUGAAUUGGUGGAGACGUAUCUGUCCGUCAACAAGACGUUGGGCGAUGCAUUGUCAAACCAAGGAGAGAACGAGAAGCAAGAGCUCACUCGUUUGGUCGAAUUUUAUUGAUGCCAAUGUGGACUCUGUCUGCUUUCUUGUCAUAUGUACAACACGGCUUUUUGGGUCGUGGCUAGAAAUUAGAUAGAACUGAAGAUGGAAUCUUUCUGGGUGUUUGCGACUUGUGCUCCCGCUCGCUUUUGACAACACCUCCUCGUUUCGAUUUCACGUUGCAAUCCUCCUACGUACUAUCCUGUCAGGGUCGGAACACGAAUUCGUAUUAUGUAUUCAAAAUGCUGCCUCCACUAUUAAACUAAAUAAAACGCUCACAAGAGAAAAUUGUUCAAGC